GCUAGCGCGUAGCCUUUGAACGAGAAUACCGAAGGAAGUCCCAAAUGUCCAAAAUGUGAAAACCCUUGACAUUUGAUCUUCCAAAUCAAAAGGUUGAAUCGGCGAUGAAGGUCCUCGAAUCCAAGAAGGUGACAGAGGCACGGGAAGAGUCACCGGAAAAGCCUUUGCAGAAGAAAACUAGGGAUUUGCCCAACCUAACCGAAUGUCACGCCUGUGAUUUCAAAUUCGACGUCUGCACAGGUAAGAACAGACUCCGACCCCUUUAUAGCGAAUGGCGCGUUGUUCUUCUUUGCAAAAAUUGUUUUUCUUCAGUCCAAUCUUCCCAAAUUUGCUCCUAUUGUUUUUCCGGAGCGUCUGCCGAAUCAUUUCGUUGCAGUCAGUGUCACCAUUCUGUGCACAAAUCUUGUUUCUUCAAGCACAGAAACGCCCCUCCGUGGUCCUAUGCUUCUGACUUUUCUGUCUGUGUCGAUUGUUGGAUUCCUAAACACGUGGCAAUUUCAAGAAGAAGAAAAUCAAAACUUAAGGGUGGGGAAAAUGGUAGGGUUAUGUUAGAGAAGGGAAAUUCUAGGGUUUUGCAGUCAAUGGAGGAGAAUGUUGAGGUUGCUGCUAGGGCUAGAGAGGGGGCAACGAAGAAUGCUUUGAGUUUAGUAACAAAUAGGGAAGAGCCUUUCAAGAUUGAUGCUGUUAAAGUUCUUGAUGGUUCUGAGUUGACUUUUGAGUUGCAUCCACGUUUGAAUAGCUUGCCCAAGAGUUGCUGCAUAAGUUACUUGGAUACUCCAAGGAGGGGUGCUUCUACUUCGAGUGUCAACUCAAGGAAUGAUGGUGGUGGUCAUCAACAUAAUAAUACUUGUAAAUAUGUAGGAUCUCUGGAUAGUGGUUCUUCAACUGAUCUGAAUCUUCUCUGCAUUGGCAUAAGUGACAUGGAAACUGGUUCAAAAGAUGGAGAAGAGCCGGUGAAGGAAGGGGAGGGAAGCUGUUCUGGUCGUCUGAUAAACUUCACUGAAGAUAAUAGUGUGGAACUUAAUCGCAAGCAAGCAGAUUCUGCAUUGCAUAGGGAAGAACAACGAUGCAAGGAUCGCUAUUUCUUCAAGUAUAGUAGGAGAAAUUCCAGUUUGAAACCAAAUCUAGGUAGUAAGCCCAAAGGCUGUUAGAAAGAAUUUAUCUUGAGUUAGGAUUUAGAACUCGAUUUUUGGGAUUGCAUAUCAAUGCUUGUUUGCAAGCAUCAGCUUAUUUUCUCUUCUGCUUUCUGUUUUAUCUAUGGAUGAAUGAAUAAAGUUCUUCUAAAAGAAAAAUAAAGUUAUGUAGACCGGAAACAGGAAUAAUGUUAAGAAAGUAUUACUAAUAAUUUCAUUGAUUAAAAUGAUAAGC